GCAUGCAAUGUGGAGCAGGCCUUCUUUGAGGACUUCUUUAUUUAAUCUUCUUUCAACCAUGCUGUGGAAACGGUCUCGGACGUGGUGAUUCUAGCUUGGUGUUCGUCAGACAGUACUUUACAUGCAGGUGGAAAAAGCUGUGAAUAAUAAACUAAUGAGAUGGAUGUCAAAGUUCUACAAUUUGUCCAGAUAACUUAUGAACCAAAGAAGUCUUGAAUCCAAACUUUUUUUUAAAUUAUUUUUGAGGAGGAUCUGGUUUAUAUGACUAAAAUAUGUGGAACGUUUUUACUCUGGUUAAUUGGUUAUUUUACAUAAAAUCUAAAACUCAGCAUGCAAAGUAAAAUAUUGUGAAUGGCUUUAAACAUGCUCGUCAGGAUCUAGAUCUGCUGUAUUUAGAAAAGUGGAUCGGUGGAAUGUCAUGAGGGAUAUCUGCUAAACUGCUGUAAUACAUAUUUAAAGAUGACUUUUUCAUGUUUGCUUUCCAACUGUCAGUAAUUCGAUGUGUGUAACUGUGAUAAUACUAGUAGAAGAACAUGACACAGGACGUUUACAAUAAUAUGCACAGAUUAAAUACAAUCUCAUCGCCUGUUAUGGAAAAGCACAUGCAAUAUACCAUUUCUAUUAGACCCUCAGUCUUAAUGUUCCACUCUUUAUGUUCUUUGACGUGUGUGCGCUUGAAUGCAGCACGGCAAUGCGCAUGCGCCUUGCGUUGAAUGCGAAAAGUGGGCGCCAAACACGUUACCAGAGUUUAAGAAGUAGCUGCUGCAACUGACAGAUAAAUUCACGACAGUGGUAUUUAUUGGUGGCGUUCCAGUUUGGGUUGUUGACAGCGAACCCUUUUAGCACUAAGAGCCGACAGGACAGGACACGCGCGAUGCCUUCGUUGACUCUGAGUAACGUGACGGUGAAUUUCCCCUUUCCGCCAUACGACUGUCAGAAGGACUACAUGAGCAAAGUGAUCGAAUGUCUCCAGAAGAAGCAGAAUGGGGUCCUGGAGAGUCCCACCGGCACCGGUAAAACGCUGUGCCUGCUCUGCGCCACCUUAGCCUGGAGGGAGAACUUCAAGGACAGCAUCUCUGCCCGUAAGAUUGCAGAGCGGCUGGCUGGGGAGGAGAUGUUCCCAAAGACGCCUCUGUCAUCCUGGGGGACGGCUGCUACAGACGGUGACACACCAACUUACUACACUGAUGUUCCCAAGAUCAUAUAUGCCUCCAGGACUCACUCUCAGCUUGCGCAAGUUAUCAGUGAGUUAAAGAACACUUCAUACAGGCCAAAGGUGUGUGUGCUGGGGUCGAGAGAGCAGCUGUGCAUCAACCAGGAAGUGAUGCGUCAGGAGAACAACCACGUCAAGGUUCACAUGUGCAGAGGAAAGGUUUCCACCAGGUCGUGUCUCUACUACAAUAACGUUGAAGAAAAAAGCACUGACAGAGACUUGGUGAAUUCAAUCCUGGAUGUGGAAGACUUGGUCAAAUUUGGUAACAAAGAGAGUGGUAGGAAGACAAGUUGUGUGUGUGUGUGCGCUGCUCUGUGUGUGAGGGUUGUAUUAUUUUCCAGGGUCUGUCCUUAUUACCUUUCACGGUCCCUAAAUAAGCAAGCAGAUGUCAUUUUUAUGCCAUACAACUACCUGCUGGAUCCAAAGAGCCGCAGGGCGCACAACAUCGAGCUGAAUGGAGCUGUGGUCAUCUUUGACGAAGCACAUAAUGUGGAGAAGACAUGUGAAGAGUCAACGUCCUUUGACUUGACUCCCUACGAUGUAGCCUCGGCCAUCAGCGCUGUGGACAGGCUGCUGGUGGAGCAAGCCAAAGAAGCCUCUCAUGGGGAUUCAGUCACUGAAGACUUCAAUGUGGAGUCUCUCAGCUCUGGUUUAAAAAUGGACAUAACGAGUAUUGCUAAAGUCAAACAGAUUCUUCUGGAUCUGGAGACUGCCAUCGAUUCCUAUGAUGUUCCUGUUGACAAAGGCAUCACCAAACCUGGAAGCUUCAUCUAUGAGCUGUUGGAGCGAGCCCACCUGACCUACAGCUCCAAGACCAAAGUCUUCGAAGCUCUGGAGCAGAUAGUGGGACACUUUGCAGGGCAGACGGGGAUAUUUCUGAACACGACCGGACUACAGAAGCUGUCUGACAUUAUACAGCUGGUUUUCUGUGGUGAACCAGCAGAGAAAGACCGACAGCAGCAGAUGCAGACCAACACAGCUCAUUUUAAGGUUCAUAUCCAUAAAGAUACCAGCCAUCACAGGAAGAAACAGACCACUGAUGUUUGGGCUUCUUCGUCCUCAAAGAAACAAGGCAACGUUCUGAGUUACUGGUGCUUCUCGCCAGGUUUCAGCAUGCAGGACUUGGUGAAUCAAGGUGUCCGCUGCAUUAUUCUGACCAGCGGCACCCUCUCUCCGCUGACCUCCUUCACUGCUGAGAUGAGGAUACCGUUUCCUGUGUCUCUGGAGAAUCGCCACGUGAUUGAGCGCGAUCAGAUCUUUGUUAGCAUCAUCGAUCGAGGCCCAGACGGAGUUCACCUGAGUUCAGCGUUUGAUAGAAGGUUUCUUCCUGAAAAUAUGGCGUCUUUAGGUAACACUGUAGCCAAUCUGAGCCGUGUUGUUCCUCAUGGCCUCUUAGUGUUCUUUCCUUCAUUUCCUUUGAUGGAAAAAACCCUGGAAUUCUGGAGAGCUAACGGACACGCGGAUCGCAUUGAGAACGUAAAACCCAUGUUUGUUGAACCUAAAGGAAAGGGAACCUUUACUGAGAUUAUUGAUGGAUACUACAACAAAGUUAAUGAUCCAGCAUCUAAAGGGGGAUCAUUCUUUGCUGUCUGUCGAGGGAAGGCUAGCGAGGGUCUGGAUUUUGCAGACACCUUUGGUCGGGGUGUCAUCAUCACUGGCCUCCCCUUCCCCCCUAAGAUGGACCCUCGCGUCAUCCUGAAGAUGCAGUUCCUGGAUGAGAUGUGCAGGAAGAAAGUUCCUGGGCUGAAGUACCUGUCUGGGCAGGAGUGGUACAGACAGCAGGCCUACAGAGCUGUCAACCAGGCCAUCGGCAGAGUCAUUCGUCACAAGGAGGACUUUGGAGCCAUCUUCCUGUGUGAUCAGAGGUUCAAACACUCGGAUGCUCGGGCUCAGCUUCCGUCGUGGGUGAGGCCUUAUGUGCGUAUGUACGACGGCUUUGGUAACGUGGUCCGUGAUGUCUCUCAGUUCUUCAGGGUUGCACAGAAAUUGAGGCCUAUGGUAGAGAAGAAAUCUGCAGCAGCAACAGCAGUGGACUCUGUUUCCACAUGUUUCCCAGGAACUUCAUCCUUUUCACUGUCUCAAAGCAGUGCCCAGAAGGCCAAGACACUCGAUGCCCACAUUCCCAGCCUGAAGAGGAGGCGGCUCAAUGGGCAGACGGGAUCCGAUGGGAUGGCCAGGAUCUGCAUUGAGUACGAGCAUGAGGUGCAGGAGAGUCAGAAGAGACCAGUGAACCUGCUGGAUGCUCUGGAGCGAGGCGACCGGCGCAGCGAAGAGGACGAUGAGGCUGCUGUGGGGGAGGAGAGGGUAGCAGGUUUACUUUGUGACACCUUGGUCUGUGGUUCUUGUAGUGCAUUCAAACACUCUGUCCUUCAGGCGCAUCGUCUGUCCACACUGUGUCUUCAGAAUGACAAGAGAAUGGAUGAUGAAAUGCGAGGAGGAAAACGCAAAAUCAAACUGGUCCAACAGCAAUGGUCAGAGGAUGUGUUGGAGGAAGGUAAAGCCAACCGGGCCAAGACGUUCCUGGCAGAGAUGAAGAAGUCGCUAAGCCAGGUCACCUUUGACCGCAUCAUUCAGGCUCUGCAGACGUACAAGAAGAACGACAACCUGGACCUCCUGCUGACUGAGACGUCUGUCCUGACUGAAGACGCCAACACUCACAGCCUGAUGCGCGGCUUCUACCAGUUUGUUCGCCCGCAUCACAAAAAAAUGUUUGAUGAGAAAUGCCAGGUACUGACUGGUCAGGGCUGUGGAUACAAAGCCGACCACUCCCUGUCAAAGGACGAGAAGAAAGCGCUGAUGCAGCAGAGUGCUAGAGACAAACCAUCUGCUGUGGGUCUGGCGUCGUCCAGUGGAACCUGUGCUCAGCUGAAUACACAGCAGCUCAACAGAGGAGGACACCACCUAAGCCAGCAGGGAUUAAAACAACCUCAGGCCGGGUCUGCGACAAAGAACGAUUUCCUUACUGCCUUCCUGGCUGACAUCAAAAAAUCUUUGGGUGCAGAAAAAUCCAGUCAGCUCUUUCAGGCCAUUUAUAAGUACAAAAAGACGGACAACUAUGAAGACAUGGUGACCACGGUGGUGAGCUUGUUGACCGAGAGGGACGAGGACUUCAACCUCCUUGUCAGAUUCGGGAUGGUUGUACGCCCUCAUCAUAAGAAGCAAUACAAAGAGAUGCUGGGUGCUUUGACAGGACAAACAGCGACUGAUGUUGCUACUGUGAUUGAAGACCAGCAAAGUCAAGCUUCACUUUCGCCUCCUUUGAGGACACAGAGCAAGAUUUCCAGUUUUUUCUCAAGUGGCCAGAGGAAGUAGUCUUUCUGCUGGAACCGUAAACAAGACUCACCUGGUUCUGGGUUCAUUUGGCAACGGAGUCAGUCUCGACACUGACAAUGACUCAUGCAUCACAGACUGACUGAGUGAACCAGAUAUUCACAGAACAGCUCAAAUAUGCGGAUGGCAAACAACACAAGGCAUUUGUAAGUUCUGUUCGACAGACUGGAGUACAUCAGUCUUUUAGAUUGACUUUUGGGAAAAAAGAGCUUCAUGAUGUGCAUGUCAAUAAAAUGCCUUGAACCUUAAAUAAAAUGUAAAUGUGUAUAAUAUGAAGAAAUAAAAUAUCUUUGUAUUUUUUUUUA